UAAAAAAUCCAAAGUUUACCACUAAAAUGCUAGAAAUUGACGUGGCGCCCAAUCCUGAGCUCAGCCUCUCGUUGAUGAUAAAUUGCAAACGAGCGACUCCUCACUCGCAUGCCACCAACUCCUCUGCAGCUGUUCUCUUCCGCCAUGGAAACCGCUAUUCAUAAACUUCCUUCUUUCAAAACCAUAAACCCUAGCUUCUACACCGCUCGGGGCACCGCGUCUUUUCGGGUCGGGCUCCGCAGGUCUUCCUCUUCCCUUUCCGUUUCGGCUUCGGCAGACCGAGAAGGCGACCAGGAUCUCGGUCACAGGACCCGGCCCGAUUUCCCCAUCCUCCACCAGGAAGUGAAUGGCUCAAAACUUGUGUACUUGGACAAUGCCGCAACUUCUCAGAAGCCGACUGCUGUGUUGAAGACUUUACAAAAUUAUUAUGAAUCUUACAACUCUAAUGUGCACCGUGGGAUUCAUUUCUUAAGUGCAAAGGCGACAGAUGAGUACGAGUUGGCAAGGAAGAAGGUGGCAGCUUUUAUCAAUGCGUCCGACGCUAGAGAGAUUGUUUUCACGAAGAACGCUACUGAGGCCAUCAAUCUGGUGGCUUAUUCCUGGGGCCUGUUGAAUUUAAAACCUGAAGAUGAGGUAAUACUUACAAUUGCUGAGCACCACAGCAACAUUGUUCCUUGGCAACUUGUAGCUCAAAAGACUGGUGCUAUUUUGAAAUAUGUUACUUUAAAUGAAAAUGGAGCUCCAGAUAUAGGCAACCUAAAGCAAAUGAUUUCAAGGAAGACAAAAAUUGUAGCUGUUCAUCAUGUUUCAAACAUGCUAGCUUCUGUGCUUCCUAUUGAAGAGAUUGCACAUUGGGCUCAUGAUGUUGGGGCAAAAGUGCUCUUGGAUGCCUGUCAGAGUGUUCCACACAUGGCCGUCAAUGUACAGAGCCUUGAUGUUGAUUUUCUUGUUGCAUCUUCUCACAAGAUGUGUGGGCCUACAGGCAUUGGAUUCUUAUAUGGAAAGAGUGAGCUAUUGUCCGCCAUGCCUCCGUUUCUAGGUGGUGGAGAAAUGAUCUCUGACGUCUAUCUGGAUCAUUCCACUUAUGCCGAACCUCCAUCUAG